CUUCACCGACUCGCUCGUUCCAGCCGCGGCUUUUACCGGCGCUUUUUUGCCCCACUCUGCCGCAUCUCCCUCACAAGCCUGGGCGCUGGGAGUACUGCUACCUGCCUACGCACCCGGCGUACCUAUUACGCUAGCCCGCCCGCUCAGCCCGAUAGGCUUUCCCUCAGCCGGUUCCGUUGCUAGGCACCCGGCGCCGCUCUAUUUAAUGACCCUAUUUGUUUAUCCCGCUAGCUUUAUUUCUCUAUCGCUCGUCUCACCCCCGCCCCCAUAGUCUGGCUCGUUGCUGCGGCGCUCCGCUACCUGCGCUGCCCACAUCCCCCCAUAGUCUGGCUCCUCGGACUCGACGCUCGAUUGAGGCGCCUGCCUAUCUCCCCCUACUGUCUGGCUCGGAACUCUCGGCAGUCGCUCUCUCACCCCUUCGCGGCUGGGUAACAUCGGCGCUCGAUAGCUCUCCCCUACUUGGCGAUGAAUGGCCGCUGUUGGUCCCGGAGCCGCUGAGACCCGAGGACCGGAAACGGAAGCGGUCACCGGGGGGAGCGGACCGUGGUGAGAGCAGGAGGGCCUGGGCACCCUCCCCGCUGCCUCCCCUUUUCCUUGUCUCUGUAGCUUCCCGCCGCCAUGUCUCAGACGCUGCAGAUGGAGAUCCCCAACUUCGGGAACAGCAUCCUGGAAUGCCUGAAUGAGCAGCGGCUCCAGGGCCUGUACUGCGACGUGUCGGUGGUGGUGAGGGGGCACCAGUUCAAAGCCCACCGGGCGGUGCUGGCAGCCAGCAGCUCCUACUUCAGAGACCUUUUUCACAGCAGCAAAAACCCGGUGGUGGAGCUGCCCGGUUCUGUCCAGCCGCAGUCCUUCCAGCAGAUCCUGAGCUUCUGCUACACGGGCCGGCUCAGCAUGAACGUGGGGGACCAGUUCCUGCUCAUGUACACGGCCGGCUUCCUGCAGAUCCAGGAGAUCAUGGAGAAGGGCACCGAGUUCUUCCUGAAGGUCAGCUCCCCCAGCUGCGACUCCCAAGGCCUUCACCCCGAGGAGACCCCCGGCUCUGAGCCUCCGAGUCCAGCGGCCACAGUGGCGGCGGCAGCAACGGCAGCGGCUGCUCUCGCCUCCUCAUCUUCCUCUUCCUCCCGAGCCCCCAAGGUGAAGACAGAGAGCCAGGAGUCGGAGGCGGUGCAGUGCACUCCGGUGGCCAAAAGACUGUGGGAAGGGGGGCAGAAGGAGGCUGGCGGAGUGGGUAGGAAAGUGCCGCGCUUCUCACAGGGUGGGGGUGCAGCCGUGGGGCCCGCGGGGCAAGUGGCUCCAGCCGGAUCAGAGAGGACAAGCCCAGGAACCUCUAGUGCGUACACAAGUGACAGCCCCGGGUCCUAUCACAACGAGGAAGACGAGGAGGAGGAAGUAGGAGAGGACGGAACGGAGGAGCAGUACCGGCAGAUCUGUAACAUGUACACCAUGUAUAGCAUGAUGAACGUCAACCAGACCGCUGAAAAGGUGGAGGCUCUUCCUGAUCCGGUAUUUUCCGACUCCAGGAACCGCGUGCGCGUCAGGCAGGAUCUGGCAACUCUUCCCGCAGAACUAAUCAGCCAGAUUGGCAACCGCUGUCACCCCAAAUUGUAUGAGGAGGGAGACCCGGCAGAGAAGAUAGAGCUAGUGACAGGUACCAAUGUGUUUAUAACUCGGGCUCAGCUGAUGAACUGUCACAUCAGUGCUGGAACACGACAUAAAGUUCUACUUCGCAGGCUGCUGGCUUCCUUCUUUGACAGAAACACUUUAGCCAACAGCUGUGGGACCGGAAUCCGCUCCUCGACCAACGACCCCAGCAGGAAACCACUGGACAGCAGAGUGCUGCACGCAGUGAAAUUUUACUGUCAGAACUUUGCCCCGAACUUCAAAGAGAGUGAGAUGAACGCCAUUGCCGCCGACAUGUGUACGAACGCCCGGCGCGUGGUGCGCAAGAGCUGGAUCCCCAAACUCAAGCUUCUCAUGGCCGAGGGCGACGCCUACACCUCCUUCAUCAACGACACCGGCAAAAUGGAGCCCGAUCUGAUGGGGGCGGCGACUCCCGUGGAGCACGGGGCGGGUUAUGAGGGGGAGCCGGGGGAGGGGAUGCCGUGACUCCACUUCCUUGCUAUGUAGAUAUUCCCUCCCCUUCCCUUUCCCACAAGGAGGAGGAGGAGGGAGGACAAUAAGGCACUCAGGAGAUGGGCUAUCAUCCGUACGCCACCGAUGGAAGUGCUCGCUAUGGCUUGUACGCUGCUGCACGACGGUGGCACUUGAGGCACACGGUAUCGCUAUACACUGCUGCAUGAGGUACUCCGUAUCAUUACCCAGCGCCCACGUGUCCAUUAUCAGUAUACAGUUAUACGCAGUGUCAUUAUAUAACCCAGCGUGUCCAUUUUCAGUGUAUAGGGAUACUCGGCAUCGUUAUACAGCGCGUCAUGCUUGUAAAAGUCUGGAGAUCCUCCAUAUCGCUCACCGGGACUGAACUGUACAUAGAUCCUCUGCAUCCUUUUAUAGUGCAGUUGAGGUAGAUACUCGAUAUCACUGGCCCUUUGAUAACCCAACUCCUGGGUUCCUGAUGCCCGGAGCAGAGAGACUGUUUUAUUUUAAUAACCCCCCCCCCCCAGAAUUCCCUUUCAUUUCAAGCCCACCCGCCACUUGGUAUAACCCACUCACUUAUGGUAAGUUCAAGGCUGAGGCGAGCUGACCGUGUUGGGGGACGAGGGGGCUGUGUGUGUGCGAGCGCCUGUCCCGACGUGACGGUAUUUGGGGUGCAGUGUGGGAUAGCGGGGUGUUCACAGCAUCUGGAAUGCUGGGAUUUAUUGGCCAGAAACAACCAAAGAACCACAGUGCAACCAACCAGGGACGAGUGUAACUGAUAUGGGCGUGGCUUCUUGUAGCUGUGAUGCGAGUCUCGGGGAUCCCGCCUCUUGCAUGGUGGCAUGGGCAGGAAGGAGUGCGUUGCACUGAGGGGUUUCCCAUAGGCUCCCAGCUCGGAUCAUACGUGCAGAGCUACUAGAACCCCCCCCUUAGCAUUUACACUUUCCUUGUCCUUUAGAGAGAGAGAUAGCGACACUUGUCCACAUUCCCUGUUAUGGACUUGUGUCGGUCUCUUGACACCGCUUCUUAGUAGCCUGACGUCUACUACUAAAAUGCUGAGGAAGGAGCCGCAUCACUGGUUUGGGGGGAGAUCAAAGUGAACGUUCCAACCAAACCUGUGCACGUUUAGGUGCCUUCCCUAAUGUCCCCGGUAAUGUCCCCGGAAACGUCCCCGUAGCACAUGGUCCUGUACAAUGUGGGGGGCAGGCUGAGAGAUGGGAGUGUGUGGGAGUCGCCUGUAUAUUUGGGCUUUAUUUCUUUUAUACAAAAUAUUUAUUAGAAUGAUGUAAAUGUGAGAAUUGAAUGAAAAAGGAGCAUUGCAGGAAGGUUCAAUGUGCCCCCCCCCCCCCCGCCCCAACACAAUGGUGGUCCGACAUAUCAUAUACACAACUGGUCGAGGGAGAAUAUGAGACCGUAGCACCACUGUAAGUAAUCGAGCCCUCGACUGCCUUGUUAGGGCGCACUAGUGUUGGGUAUGGGCAGGGCGCCCCCCUGUGUGCGCUCGCUGUAGGCUUUGCGCUCUCUGUGAUUGGCUGGGAAGCAGCAAUGCAGUUGCACGCGUCCCCUCUGUACUUGCCGUAGUUGUUGCUGCUUGCGGUUGCAUUUGGCGCAUUUCUCUCCCCCAGGCCGGGUCUCUGCGCGCUUGUAUUUAGCACAUUUUACUAUGACCAAGAUUGCACUAGGUAUGCUUGUUUGUGUUGGCUGGAUGGCUGUGUAGGCGGGACCCCGGCCUGGCUGUCUGUCCGUCUGCUCUCUGUGUGUAUAGUGAAUGAUACUUGUGCACCUUUUAUCUCCCAUAGGCCUCUCUGCCUCACUGACCCCCCCAGCAGGCCCUUUGGUUCAGCCGCUACUUCAGAUAUAACAUUGUAUGGCUUUGGCUUAGCAAGUGUCGGGCCGAUUGCUAGCUCACUGACUGAGCGGCAUUGGUUCACCCGGAGACCGCUCUCUCCUACCCCCUGCCCACUCUUCCCCUUUCUAGAAAAGUCCUAAACGGUAUGGAGUCAUGGGGUGUGGUGUCAGGAUUCUGAUUGGUCACCUCAUACUUUAUAGUAAACUGUUACACCCAUGGGGGGGUGGGGCUUAUUACCCUCCAGUCUGAUGUAUAUAUUGGGUUUUAUUCUGUGCAAGGGCAGAGCAAUCAUGCUAAAGUGUGUUACAUGGGAUUUAAGAAAUAUUUUAUUUGUCCUUUAAAGUAAAGGCUGUGAGUGUGAGUGACACAGCCCUCGCCCCGCCCAACACGCCAAGUGGAUAGAAUGUCAGGGCCUCAGCCUGCAGGUCAUUACCAAUAGGUGGAUAGGAUGAGAAUGGCGGGAGAUUCGCACACUAACGAUAAUCCUCUCGCGCCUCGGCCGGCGCCCAUCAUGUUUAUAAUCGUAGGAAUUAAAGAAUAAAAACAAAAACACACAAAAAAAAGUUUACUUUCUACCAAACCUGAUACUAAUAGCGCACUCUCAGCAGCCAAUCCCAACAGUUCUUUCCAUAGCCCGCCCACUUCCGCUGUCCAGUGGGUGUGGCUUAAUGCAGUUUCCCCGCCCGCCCACCCCGUAUCCUUCUCUUCUGCUCUUUAAGUGCCAAGAUAUCGCUGUGUGUUCCCCUAACUGUGAGGCCGGAGCAAUUGCACAUUAUCAAAUACGGAUCAGAAAGCAAAGAUUAAUAAAAUUUUUAACAAAAAUGA